CCGGCUCCAAGAGGAGCAGCUCGAACUCACCCUCGCCGCUGUAUCACCUGCUCCCCGCCCCGCGCCCUUGUCCCAGCGCCAUGUGACCAGCCGCGGUUACAAGGCACUUUUUCUCCUUAGUCAUCGCCCUCCGCAGCGCAGAGCCGAGCCCGCCGCCAGCGCGCACACACCGCGCCGGCUCCUCGUGCCCGCAGAUCCCGGCGCUCCCUCGCAAGCAGUCGCUGCCGGCUCCGAGUCCUCAGAGCCGCGGGAACCUGCCGACCCAGCGAAGGCGACAGGCGGGCGGAGUGCAGGCUCCCAUGGGGACGGACAGCGGCAGAGCCAGGAUCCUCCUGGACCACGCGGCCACGCUCAACCUGCAGACGGGCAACCUGCUGAACUGGGGCCGGCUGCGCAAGAAGUGCCCGUCCACCCCCAGCGAGGAGCUACGUGACUGCAUUCAAAAAACGCUGAAUGAAUGGAGCUCAAAGAUCAGCCUCGAUCUAAACCAGGAAAUGCCAGAUGUCCUGGAAUGUACUGUAGAUCAAACAAUGGAAAAGAUAAAUCCUGAAGAAAGGGAAGAAUUGAAAGUGUCAGCAAAACUGUUCAUCGUAGGAUCAAACUCUUCUUCAAUCAGAGAUGCAGUUGAUAUGGCAUGUUCUGCCCUUGGGGUUGCCCAAUUAGAUUCUGUGAUCAUUGCUCCACCUCCUAUUGAAGAUGGAAUUAAUCUUUCUUUGGAGUAUUUACAGCCUUACUGGGGAGAACUUGAGAACUUAGUUCAGCACAAAAAGAUUGUCUCCAUAGGUACCUCUGAUCUAGAUAAAACACUGUUAGAGCAACUGUACCUGUGGUCACAGGUGAAACCACAUAGUAACCAGGUAAAUUUAGCUUCCUGUUGUGUGAUGCCACCUGACCUCACAGCAUUUGCAAAACAAUUUGAUAUCCAGCUGUUGACUCAUAACGAUCCAAAAGAACUGCUUUGUGAGGCAAGUUUCCAAGAAGCUCUUCAGGAAAGUAUCCAGAACAGUCGGGCACAUGAAUGGACUCCCUUGUGGCUUCUCCGGUAUUCAGUCAUUGUUCAAACCAGAGGCAUUAUCAAAUCGAAAGGCUAUAUCCUGCAAGCGAAAAGAAAUGUCUCUUAAUACAUUUUUCUUUUGACAACAGCCUGCUGUCUUAAUGCUUUGGAAACAUACCACCUUUUUUGCAUAAAAACUUGCACGGUGGUGAGAUCCAUCACAAGUUAUAAUGAAGACCAAAAGUGGUGACAGGCCUGGGUUGUCCAGAGGCACAGAGCUCUGACAGCAUUGUCAAAUACUGCACAUUUCUUUCCUAACGUAGAGACCGGUUUACUAAUAUAUGAAAUAUUUGGUGUUCAUUAAACUGUUUUCUAAUUGAGAUUAUCUAAAGAAAUUCAAAAUAUUUUUCUUUAUGACUAAUAUAAAAUUAUCACUAAGUAUAUUUUGGCUUCCAUCAAGGUAAUAUAUAGAAAUUUAUAUAUUUUUGUUUUCAAGAAAGAAACUUAACAUUCUGAAUUUCUUCUGAAGUGCUUAUUCCUACUAGUUAGGUAGCUAUAUAGGAUUUGAGCGGUUGAGUAACUUUUAAGUAGUUUUCUUUUUUAUCCAUAGGAAAAUUCUCUAAGUAAACAGACUAAUUGGAAUCUGAUUAAUUGGUAUAGCUAGUAAGCUGCUUAAUUCACGUGAAUGAAAACCUGGUUUUCUUUUCAUUAUGUUACAAAAGGCCUUUCUUUUAAAAAAAAUAUAUAUUUUUUAAAUUUAUAUUAGCUCAUCCUGUUUGUUUCUGUACCAUAUUGUUCUUACUGUGUUUAGCAUGUAGACAGGAGUGAUGCCAUUUUAUGUCUUAAAUUGUGAAGUGUAUUGUAGUGUAUUUUACGUGGAAUUACGUGGCCAGAAACAAAUUAAACUGUAGCCAGAAUGUGCCUGGUUUUGUCCUAAUCUAUGUACUAGAUGCUCAAGAGCCACAGAUACUUUAAGAAUGUGAAUAAAAUCAGAAUAGAUAAGUAGAUAGAUGUUGAUGGGCUGUACAUUGUAUAAUCACGUACAAAGGAUAUAAUGUCUGUUAAUUUUGGGUUACCUGGGGAAUUAACUGAUGUUCAGAUGUCAUCCAGAGAACAGAAUACCAAACAAGCAUUAAAUCUGUGUUCUUGUUCCCUUGUGUUGCCAGCUUCAUAUGUGCAGUACUGUUGGCUUCUAAACCUAAAGGAAACUAAUGCUGGAUCUAAGACAGGCUAUUGGUUUCUUUUUUCACCUGGAAUAUAUCCACAGACUGAAUUUUGUGUUUUAAAAAUACAGUCUGUCUACUGCAAAAACAUUUUGUUAUCUAAUGUGGUUUAGAUGGUAUAGAUCUCUUCAGUGCAGUUCCUGUCAGUAGCUCACUGUAGUCCAGUGAAGUCAACAAGUGUUUUGCUAUUGAUUUCAGUGGGAGCAGGAUCAAGCCAUAGUCUGGUAAUUGUUAACUUAGUUUUAUGUAGACUUUGAGCUUGUAGUUUAAAGGAAUGAAUUUACAUGAACUUUUUUGUGUAUUUUUGUCAUAGAAAAAUCACGUUUUCUUGCAUGGUCAGAUGUAUAAACUUUUUAAUCCAUUCCACUGAGUUAGUCUGUUGUUUUCAAAGACUUGGUACACUGAUAAAUGUUGUUUGGUAGUAAACUUCUGAGUCCUUAAAUAUUCAGAUAUGUGACUAAAAUAUCUAGGAAAUACUCUAGACUUAUUCAAUUACUCAAUAAAUAAGGAGUGGACAAGGAAGAGAAUGGGCACUGAUAAUGCAGAGGCAACAAUUUUAGAAACACUUUCUUUUGACAGAAGAAAGUGAAUUUUGGCCAUGGAGGGUCAUCUGUGUAUAAAAUUAAAAAAAUGAACCUUAUUUAAAACUUAUGUGCCAAGUGUGCUGCUUACUGGUCGAUAUUGAUGUAUAGCAUCUACUUAUGAUCAUUUUAUUUAUCCUUUGCAUCCAAAGCAUACCACAGUCUGACUGUUGACAAGGAUUCACAUUUACUUGACAUGUAUAUGUUUAAAUCUACAAGACUAAAAACUUUAAUACUGAGUAUUGAGCUAAGAAUAGUUUAAAAGUGCACAGAUUUAGUUUAGUUCCUAAUUGGGAACCAUGUUAAUAAUUACUUUUUUGUGGAGAGAGAAAUAACUUUUGUACCAAUUGGAAUAAGUAUGGUAAUUUGUUAGCUCUACAAGCAGCAUUACAACCAGGCAGUGAUUUUUCAAGUCAUUACCUGAUUAGUGAUUACUGUAUUUAACCAAAAUAGCAAUUAAAGUUGGAGGAGAGACAGGAGGAGGAAUAUAAAAGUUAAGAUUUGAAGACGUGAAAAUUGGCAUUACUGUAUUAUUAGCAUAUGUCCUUCUUUGAGAUUUGCAUUUUUGUGUAUGCUUUGUAUGAAUUCUAAAUUUCUCUAUAUCAUUGCUUGCAUUGGUAUCUCUGGGAGGCAAGCAGGAAUGUCUCUGCUUUUCCAUCAUUUUAAAUGACAUAUUGUAUAUGGUGAACAUCAGAUCACUCAAGAUAUGCCUUGAUGUAUUGACAUAGUGGGGAGUAGGUGGUAUUUAGAACAUGUAUGCCCUUCACCAGUCUGAAGCUAGAUCCCACUUACAAGUAACAACAAGUCCCAAAUUCUUCAACCAAGCCACCAUGUUACUGCCACUUCCCUCCUAAUCUCAUUCAUUCCUUUUUUGGGGGGAGUUGGGGUUCCAGGGUUGUAUCACUGCAACUGUCAUUGGUCUACAUGAACUGUUUGUAGGAAGGGAGGAGGAGAGGGGGGAAUCAAAGCACCCUUUAACUGUGUGUAACUUAUUUCUUGCAGAAAGUGUGCUUUAUGCAAGUUUAGAUCUAUUGAUUAUGUAUUUAAUCCUGGGGUGUAGCCUCUUUAAUUGUCUUAAAGGUUAAAUUGGAGUUUUUGUGCUGUAUAUUGUUUUCCUCUAAUCGUUUUCUUACACUUUUCCGUGUAAUAAAAUAAAUGAUUAGUAUAAAUUAAGAUACAUAAUUAUAUACAAUUUUGUUUUUAAUGUUGGAACUAGACUGCUUGGUGUGGGCAUGGUUUUAUCCCUGUGAUCAAAUAAUGACAAAGAUAAUUGCAAGAUUUCAUUAAUUUUAUCUAGUCCCUGUAUUGCACUUACUAAAGAUUCCCUUUCAUAAAUUGAAUGUUUGUUACUAAAAUACAGAUUAUGUAAAUUUUGCCAAGUAUAUUUGGAGAAAUGUUUUUUUCAAAUCUAA